AUGGAAAAAGUAAACAAUGUAACUGAAUUUGUUUUCUGGGGUCUUUCUCAGAACCCAGAGGUUGAAGAAAUUUGUUUUGUGGUAUUCUCUUUUUUCUACAUGGUCAUUCUUCUGGGAAACCUUCUCAUCAUGCUGACAGUUCACAUGGGCAACCUUUUCAAGUCUCCUAUGUAUUUCUUUCUCAACUACUUGUCUUUUGUGGACAUUUGUUACUCUUCGGUCACAGCUCCUAAGAUGAUUGUUGAUCUGUUAGCUAAGAGCAAAACCAUCUCCUAUGAGGGCUGCAUGUUACAACUCUUUGCAGUACAUUUCUUUGGCUGCACUGAGAUCUUCAUCCUUACUAUAAUGGCCUAUGAUCGUUAUGUGGCUAUCUGUAAACCUCUACACUAUAUGACCAUCAUGGACCAGGAAAAAUGCAAUAAAAUGUUGCUAGGGACAUGGGUGGGUGGUUUCUUACACUCUAGUAUCCAAGUAGCUCUCGUCGUCCAAUUACCCUUUUGUGGGCCCAAUGAGAUUGAUCACUACUUCUGUGAUGUCCAUCCUGUGUUGAAACUCGCCUGUUCGGACACAUAUGUUGUUGGUGUUGUCGUGACAGCCAACAGUGGAACCAUUGCUCUGGGGAGCUUUGUAAUAUUGUUAAUCUCCUAUGCAGUCAUCCUAGUGUCCCUGAGAAAAAAGUCCACAGAAGGCAGGCUCAAAGCUCUCUCCACCUGUGGCUCCCACAUUGCAGUGGUCAUCAUCUUUUUCGGUCCCUGUACUUUCAUGUACAUGCGUCCCGACACUACCUUUUCUGAAGAUAAGAUGGUGGCUGUAUUUUACACCAUUAUCACUCCCAUGUUAAAUCCCCUGAUUUAUACAAUGAGAAAUGCAGAAGUAAAGAAUGCAAUGAAGAAAUUGUGGCGCAGGAAGGUUUUCUGA